AUGCCCGAGGGUAAAGCUCCACAUUUCCCACAACAACCAGUUGCACGUCAAAAUGAUGAUGGAUCUCUGGAGUUGGAAUGCUUCCUUGAAGCACAACCCAUUCCCGAUAUUAAAUGGUUCUAUGAUACAACCGAACUGAAACAAGAUAAUCGAUUCAGUUUUCGAUUGGACAAUAAAGGAAAUGAUGCCUUCUCGGCUAUCCUUCAGAUUAAGGAUCUUGCGGAUAGUGAUGCCGGUGCGUACCGUUGUGCUAUAGUAAAUCCUCACGGUAAAGGUAACGCCAACUUCAACCUCAAAUUAACUGGAUUUAGUGCUCCGACUUUCGUUGAGAAACCACAAAUUUCAUCUCGCGAUGAUGGCCAAGUAAUGGUUAUGGAAUUCCGUGCUAAAUCGAUCCUAAAGCCAACGUUUGUAUGGCAAAAGGGUGAUGAAAUUGUUGCCGAAUCAGACCGUGUCAAGAUUGUACUGCGAGAAGAGCCGAGUCAAGUGUAUUAUGCUGCAUUAGAAAUUAAGGAGCCAACGAAAGAAAAGGACGCUGGUCAGUUCGUAUGCACUGCCAAAAAUGAAUCCGGAAAACUGACGGCAACAUUCACUGUGAAAUUUGAAGUGCCACAAGGUGCACCGACGUUCACACGAAAGCCACAGAUUCUUCAGAAGACAUCCGAGUCGGGUGAUCCAGCGAUUAUGUUCGAUAUUGGAUUCCAGGCUGACCAGAAUCCUGAGGUGAUUUGGUUGAAUCCGAAAGGUAAGAAAAUGAAGGAAUCGAGCCGUAUCAAGUUCAAUCUAACGCCCGAUGGUGGUGCUAACACUUUCACAGCCCAGCUGGAACUUAAGAAUUAUAAAGCAAAAGACAGUGGCACAUACACGUGCAAUAUCAAGAACGAAGCUGGCGAGGCGAAUGUGGAACUCACAUUGAAUAUUGAAGGUCAGUGCUUUUAUUCGUGGGUUUUGCAUGAUUGUUCGUUUCUGAUUAGUUGA